GUUUUCGCAAAGCAACAAUUCUCUAUUCCUUGCAACGCUUCGUUCAGGCUCUCUCUCAGAAUUCACAAGCCCCUCUCUCGAGAAAGUUCGCGGCGGCGAUGGCGGCGGCGCUUCCGCAACCUCACGGCUAUCACCACCCGCAGACGCUUGAAGAAGUUCGGACACUUUGGAUAGGUGAUUUGCAGUACUGGGUCGAGGAUAAUUACCUCACUUCCUGCUUCUCCCACACCGGCGAGCUGGUUUCCGUAAAGAUAAUACGUAACAAGAUCACGGGCCAACCAGAAGGGUACGGUUUCAUAGAAUUUGUAUCUCAUGCGGCAGCGGAAAGAAUUCUCCAGAUGUACAACGGGACACAGAUGCCUGGAACAGAUCAAACUUUCAGGCUGAACUGGGCAUCUUUUGGUUCCGGCCAGAAAGUUGACACAGGUCCUGACCAUUCCAUCUUUGUCGGGGAUUUAGCUCCAGAUGUUACGGAUUAUCUCCUUCAAGAGACUUUUCGUGUGCUUUAUCCUUCUGUCCGAGGUGCCAAGGUUGUCACGGAUCCAAGCACCGGACGGUCAAAAGGUUACGGCUUUGUGAAAUUUGCUGAUGAAAGUGAAAGGAACCGAGCCAUGAGCGAAAUGAACGGUGUUUACUGUUCCACAAGGCCAAUGCGUAUUAGUGCAGCAACACCGAAGAAAAACAUAGGCUUGCAGCAGCAAUAUGCUCCCAAAGCAGUCUAUCCUGUUCCGGUGCCUGUUCCAGCUCCGGUCCCAGCUUAUGCUACUCCACCAGCGCAGGUGCUUCCACCUGAGAAUGAUGUCAACUGUACCACUAUAUCGAUCGCCAACUUGGACGCAAAUGUCGGGGAGGAGGAUUUGAAGAAAGCAUUUGCAUCGUUCGGGGAAAUUAUUUACGUCAAAAUACCCGCAACCAAAGGAUAUGGAUAUGUUCAAUUCAAAACCAGGCCUUCUGCUGAAGAAGCCAUUCAAAAGAUGCAGGGACAGAUGAUCGGUCAACAAGCGGUUCGCAUUUCUUGGAGUAAAAAUCCAGGACAGGACGGCUGGGGUGUGCAAGCCGAUCCGAGUCAGUGGAAUGCCUAUUACAGUUACGGACAAGGCUAUGAUGCGUAUGCUUACGGAGCGACUCAAGACCCGUCCUUGUACUCGUAUGGCGCAUAUGCCGGUUAUCCUCAGUAUCAGCAACAGGGGGACGGUACUCAAGAUAUGACAAGUGUCUCGGCUGGGGGUCCCGGGGCAGAGCAAGAGAUAUAUGAUCCUCUAGCCACACCCGACGUCGACAAGUUGAACGGCGCUUACCUUUCUGUUCACGCGAGUGCGAUAUUAGGACGGCCGUUAUGGCAGCGUACUUCAUCGGUCACGCCUCAAACUCAAGCACCGGUUUCUUAUCCGAGUUAGAUUUCCGAUUACAUCUUCUGCUCUUUUCAGACAAUCAAUCUCAGAGAACAGCAAAGCUUUGGGUACAGGGGAGAAUCAAGAACUUGGUGAAGCUUUUUUGUAUGUUGCAUGCAUUUAGCAAACUGUUUUGUUCUUGCAAGGGUUUAGGGUUCAUAUCAAUGUCAUAUGAUAAUUGACAUUAUAAAUUCUGCUGUUUUCCUUUAUUGGAUUUUUCAUCAUUUUUUUUUCCGGUUCA